AUGUUGCGCCCUGCGACCCCCUUGUCUAUACUAUUCUUUGUCGCAUUCGUGCUGCUGCUGCUCUCGACGCUGUCAACACCCCUCAUCAAGAGCAUUCCCCUCGCUACCUAUCGUGGUGUUCACUUUGGAGUCCUCGGCUACUGCGAGAAUGGCGAUCAAGGCUGCAAAGGGCCCAUGAUCGGGUACAACACAGAGAAGCUAUUUGCAGGCGAAGACAGCUCCGACUUCUCACUCCCAUCCGCCCAGCGCCAUGCGCUUUCUUCCAUCCUCAUCGUGCACCCUGUCGCAGCUCUCAUGACGCUGAUAUGCUUCGGUCUCUCCGUUGCUGCCCACUUUCACUCGCCCGCUCAUUCGCCGCGCUACCUCCUCGCCCUGCUCAUAUUCACGUUCCCGACUCUUCUGGUCUCACUGCUCGCUUUCCUCGUUGAUAUCUUGCUAUUCGUUCCGCACGUAGGAUGGGGAGGAUGGAUUGUGCUAGGUGCUACCAUCAUCAUCGUCGCAAGCGGAAUCGUCACCUGUGCCAUGAGGCGCACACUGGUCAGCCGCAAGGCGCGUAAGAGGCGCAUCGCCGAGAACGACGACAUGAAUGGCCAGACCUACUACGCGAACCGCAACAAUGCAACCGUCACUACCGAGUUUCCCAAGGCUGAAUCACCGCCCCCUCUUUCUGGUGAGACAAUGACUGGCGGUAUGGCAGGCGGUAAUGCGGCCUACUUUGAUUCCUCCAAGCCAUCGCCCAACGACGACAUGCAGCCUCUGAACCAGCGCAACCCUUCGCUCAAGACGGUUAGCAGUGGAGGAGAUCGCUCUGAGAACAUGAACCCGCCAAACCGUGGUCCCUCUGGUCGUCGACAGCCAAUGGAUCAGUACGGCAACCCUGUUCCACCCAUGCCAAACGACGGAUUCGCCAUGAUGAACGGUGCUCCGCGCGGAAGAGGAGGUCCAAUGAGGGGUCGUGGAGGUCCACCAAGAGGCGGGCAGUAUGGUGGCCCAAGAGGAGGAGGCUACGGUCCAAGAGGAGGCAUGCGAGGACCUCCACCACCAGGAUGGAACGGUGGCGGACGAGGUGGACGACCUCCGAAUGGACCUCCGAUGCAAGGUCAGCCACCAAUGGGACGCGGAGCGCCUCCUCCAGGAUACAACAACAACAACUUUUACAACCAAGGACCACCACCCCGUGAGCAAUCACCAUAUGGCAGAGCACCUCCGCCUGGUCAGGGACCACCACUGCCAAUUGGCCAAGCCAUUGAGAUGGACAACCGCACAGGAACGCCUCCAACAAACUAUGGACUGAGGGAAAGUGACGGCGACGUUGCAGGCAUGCUCGCUCUUCAGCAGGGUGGCUUCCCUGCUGGUGCACCCCAAAGGCGACCAUCUGAUGGGGUCAUGAGCCCAACCAGCGAAUAUUCCACCGAUGAAUCCGCAUUACGGCCACAGCCCCUACAACAACAACAGCCGCCUAUGCCACAACAACAGCAGCAAUACAUGCCAGUGCGAGCAGGAUGGAAUCAACAACAGAUUCCAUCAGAUCAAACACUCAACACUUUGAACAGCAGUAGCCGUGGCCUAUCGCCAAUUCAAGACUCACCUGUUGAAAUGCCUGCUCAGCUAUCCCAGCUUGGUGGGCCCAACAGGCCAGAACGCAGUUCCGACUACUAUGAAGAUGUGGAUCCCAGGUUCGCAGAGCCCGCACAAGCUCAAGCACCUCCACCCCUACCGAGCUCUCUCAUGCCCGGUGGUUUCGCUCCACCCAACCCCAACUUCCUCUCAACAACAAACUCCAGCGACACCAAUCUCCCACGCAACAGUUCCUACGACGACCUCCCAGAAGGCGCUCGCUCACCUGCCGCGAGUGAAGCCUCACAUUUCACCUCCGUCUCACAACGUCCUGUCAACCCCAACUGGCGACCCGAGAUGGGUGCUGCAGCCGGUCAAUUUGCGCCUUUCCCAGGCCCACGUAGACCCAUGCGACAGGAAGACGUCAUCCUUGAAGCCAACGCUGCUAACCCCGACUUUAUGAUUCCUGGUGCGGGUCGCGGUCGCGGUCGAGGACGUGGGGGCCCUGGUGGUGGCAGAGGAAGAGGUGGUGGAGGCAUGAUGAUACCUCCUGCUACUAUGAUGGGACCAGGACCUGGGCUGUCGAAUCAAUCGAGGUAUCCAGGUGCUAAUGCCAUGUAG